AAGUCAUGCAAAGCCCCAUUGCUGGGCUCGUGAGCUCUCGGAGGGGAGAUGAACGUCUUGCAGCUGGUGGCAGGGGGCAGGUUUGCUGUGUGAGCGCAGCCCGUGCUCUGAAAUAACUGCACCAUGCACCUGAGCACGGGCAGCUUGACUGUUGCAGGCAGGUCUUGAUUAGAGCUGGAGGUAGGAUAUCUGCUGUUGGAGCAAAGCGGGUGGAAGAGCUGCCCGGAGGAGCAUGAUAAAUUUCUGUAUAAAAUUGUAAUUGUUUUAAGUUUUCUAUACCUCAUAUUUGCUCAGGCAGAGUAAGUGAAUUGGCCAAACAGAAGCCAAACUUGACACUUUGGAAGAAGAAUUUGUUUCAUGUAAGUGAAUCUCAGAAACUUUCAUUUUGAUAAAAUUUAAGACUUUCCGCCUGUAUCUAAGGAGCUCCGUCCUGCAAGCUGCAGGCAGCCCCGUGUACCAGUGCCGAGCAGGCUGCUGUGAGCACAAGCGGUAACUUCCCACAGUAGCUUGAAGGAUAAGAGCUUAACAUCUUGGAAAGAAAAAUGCAUUACUUAGGCAUGAUUUAAACAUUCUAACAUUCUUCAUAUGAGGAUGGAAUAUAAAAUAUAUAUGUACAGUAUGUUGGAGUUACUUCUGCCUUUCUUGGGAAUGAAUGGGACAAGAAUCAGGCCUGCAAUUUUUUGAGGUGUCGUAUAAGUCGUAGGCCUGGUGCUCCUCUUUCUCGCGCUGAUGUGAACGAACGGUAGUGCUGUAUGCAAAGCCAGCGUGUGGAAGUGCCUGAACCACUCAGGGCACCAGCACGUACGGCAUCGCACUUGGGCUCUGGCUUGUGAAGCUGCUCCAUGUUGGUUUGUAGCCGGGGGCUUGCGGGGAGCACGCGCCGUUGGGUGCACGCCAGGCGUGCUGCAAGCUGCCCGCAGCCUUGGCCGCUGGCCCCGGCACCUCCUGCUGUUGCCGGAAUUGAAAGGUGAUUCUCCACGUGACGCAACGACGUUGCCACGAACGGAAACGAGCUAUUUGUUACCAAGAACAGAACUUCACAGAAGUUCUUGAAGGAUUUCUACGAGCACCAUGAAGUCUCUCAUUUAACUGCCCCUGAUUCCAGAAGAGCAGUGAAAUAAUCUCCAGAGAUGUUCUGCAGAUCUUUUUGCUUCUUCAGUCUGUGCCUUUUCCUUCCAACUGAAAGGAGGGCCUCCCUGGCUCACCUGCCCGAUGUGCGCAGCAGCGCUGCGACAUCCCUCCCUGGAUUUGAGAACCUCACCAUGGGAUACAACAAAUACCUCCGGCCCUACUUUGGCGGAGAACCUGUUCGAAUUGCAAUGAGUCUGGACAUCGCAAGUAUUUCUAGUAUAUCUGAGAGUGACAUGGAUUACACAGCCACCAUCUAUCUGCGGCAGCGCUGGACCGACCCCCGGUUGGUCUUUCAUGGCAACAAGAGCUUCACGCUGGAUGCUCGCCUGGUGGAAUUGCUCUGGGUGCCCGACACGUACAUCGUGGAGUCCAAAAGGUCCUUUCUGCAUGACGUGACCGUGGGGAACCGCCUCAUCAGGCUGUUCUCUAAUGGCACCAUCCUGUAUGCCUUAAGAAUUACUACUACUGUUGCUUGUAACAUGGACCUGUCAAAGUAUCCCAUGGACACACAAACGUGCAGACUGCAGCUAGAAAGCUGGGGAUAUGAUGAAAAUGAUGUAAUGUUCACGUGGCUGAGAGGAAACGACUCCGUCCACGGCAUAGAGAAGUUGCGCCUCUCCCAGUACACGGUGGAGCGUUACUACACCCUCGUCUCCAAGUCGCAGCAGGAAACAGGCAGUUACCCACGACUGAUACUGCAGUUUGAGCUGAGAAGGAAUGUCCUUUACUUCAUUUUGGAGACCUAUGUUCCCUCCACUCUGCUCGUUAUGUUGUCCUGGGUUUCUUUUUGGAUCACGCUGGAUUCAGUCCCUGCAAGAACUUGUAUUGGAGUAACGACGGUGCUUUCCAUGACAACUCUGAUGAUCGGCUCACGAAGUUCGCUUUCAAAAACCAACUGUUUUAUUAAGGCCAUUGACGUUUAUCUCGGCAUCUGCUUCAGCUUCAUCUUCGGUGCCCUUGUGGAAUAUGCAGUGGCUCACUACAGCUCAUCACAAAAAUGUGCAGCUAAAACACCUCAAGAGGGGUCUGCAAAUGAACUUACUAAAGAAAUGGAAGAAGUCAGCAUCACCGACAUCCUCAACAGCUCCAUCGCCAGCUAUAAACGGAAAAUCAGCUUUACAAGCAUUGAGAUUUCCAGUGAUAAUGUCAACUGCAGUGACCUGACCAUGAAAACGCAUGAGAAAAUCAAAUUUGUUUUGAGAAACAAAAUGCACAGGAUUAUCAGUUAUUUCACUAUUCAGAACCCCAGCAAUGUAGACCACUACUCUAAAUUGCUUUUCCCUUUGCUCUUCAUGUUGGUCAAUGUGUUUUACUGGGCUUAUUACCUAUAUUUUUAGAAGUGGGGUCACUUGUUUCUCCCACUUCUGUGGAACAACUGGGCAUCUAGGUAUCUAACCUCAGCGAAUCCAACAUGAACCAAAUGCUCUGUUGUGUUUCCUGGGAUGUGGAGCAGAAGACCGUGAGUAUGUGAGAUGCAAAACCCUGGUGUUUCAGCAGCAGUGACAUUGACCCUGGGCUCUUGCCUGCCUAGCUGAGUCGCUGUGCUGGGGGCCCAUGCUCAUACCUGCCUUCCAUUCCAGCGUCCAGCCUCUCAUCUGCACUGGAGAUGGGUGUGUAGGACUGCAUGUGGCAGGCUACAGAGCAUUGGGGCUAGCAAAGUUAUCCCAGUUACCUGAAACAGGUUGCAACCUAGUUUAGAUCCCCACAAGGAUGUAGGAUUAUCAAUGUUAUUCUGUGUUUGCAAGAGAUAACAGUGAUGGAGGGACUGUGCAGUCUUGAUAGCUCUUCUAUUCAAGUAGCUGAGCCCAGAGGCAGCAGGACAUGGUGUGUAGAGAGGAACGCCUCCCCUGCAUGAUGAUGCUUCCCUGUCCUGUGGUAGUGCAGGGCCAGAACAGAGAUUUUGGGGGUGCUGGGAUCAGCACAGUCAUAUGCCUCCCUGGAGCGAGCGGCAGGCUCGCUGGGGUAGUCCUUGCUCGCUGAAGGAUCCAGCUCUGACACAAAGACAGAGGGCUCUUCAUAGCCAUUUGCAGAGCUAUAUUUUUUCAGCUAUUUCGGAACGGGAAAUAUGGGCAGCAGAACAGUCUUGUAACCCUGCUCUUGUACUCGUCCUGUUGUGCUGGCUACUGUUGUGCUGCAGUUGAGUAGAUUCAGCCACCUUUCGUGUUUUCCUGCCAAAUAGAUCACCUUUCAUGCUGGAAAGCAUCUCCUUCUGCUCUCACUGCUCUGGGCAAUUCAUGUUUCUUGCCAGCCAUAUGGAAGAGCGGCCGAUUUGUCCUCUCCGCCCUUCCGUGGCCAUGCAGCUGCAGAGCAUCAGCAGUACUGCUGGGUGCGGACCAAGGUAUGAUGAUCCAAAUCAGACUUUUGCUCUAGCCGCAUGGCAUAGCUGAUUUAUUAAGUACCUGCCCCAGAUUCCUGCUCAGAAAAUUGCACUCCUGGGAUUGCAUGUUCUAGUUUUCUGGCAAACCUGGUUCUUCAUCUGUACGUGCUGCAUUCAACAUGCAGGUGGGUGAUAAUUAGUGCAUGCCAAAAACACUUACGGGCACAGCGCACGUGUCUCAGUGAAGUGCGGAAGACUUUGAGUGGUAAAGAUGCCAUGGGUUUGGAAAGGAGUGAUUUUAGAUUCCAGCCCUUUUGUGAAUUAUAUGUUUCUAAUUCUUCCAGUGAAAAAGGGAAAGGCAAAAACCUGAGAUGCAAGGGGUUAAUCUGGCUUGAAGUAGACAGUUUGUCUUCUUUACACAGUACCUAAAUACAGAGCUGUGUAUUAAAAUAUUAUACCACAAGGUCACUCCAACUAUUGACCAUGCCUUCUUCUUGAGCAAGAUUUGCUUCGCAUGCUCUGCUUGGAAAAGAAGGCCUAUUUUCAAGGUAGUUCAGUAUGUAAACCAGACAUGCUACUGCUUUGAAUCAGACCUUUGCAGGCCUGGCCUCGAAGUGCGUUCUGUUCCCAUCUCAGGAACACCUCGAGAAGACCCCUUUGUGAUAGUGCUUUUGUGUUCACACUGAAAGCAAAAUCAUACUCCUAAAAAUACUGAGUAUGCUUUUAAGGUAGCUAAGCAUUUCUAAUGCUCUGGAUUUAAGUUUUGGUUGGAAGUUUUUUGUUGUUGUUGUAUUAAAAAAAAAAAGGUUUAAGUAUAACGCUCAUCUUUCUUGUGCUAAAUUGUUAAGAUUCUGCCUAGAUCUAAUAACCCCAUCUCUGAGCUGUGUCUAAGCAAAGGGAACUUCAGCUUUAGCUGAACCGCGUCCUGUCAAUUCAGCCACCAUCGUCUGUGUUCAGAACAGGUCUAUGCUGUGUGGGAAGCGAGCGGGGUCCUGGAGCAAAAAAAUAGCGCGUGGUUCUCUGGCUUGACUGCCACCCUGCCGCGGGUCCCCAUCGCUGCCGUGGGCUGGCAACCCCUUUCGCAGGGCAGCAAAGGCAUCCCACUGGUGGGGCUCAGACAUGCCGGCCUCACCUGCAGCUCCUCUCACCUCUUCCUCACUCCGCUUUUAUUUAAGGUUAAAGCGGUGUUACAUGUCUGCGGAAAUGCGUUUUCUAAGUGGGGCCUGGGAACUGCCAGUCUGCUUUGCUUAGUCUGCAAUCAGCAGGACUGACUGCUUCGGUCUGGAAACGAGUUAAAUGCAUGGCGUGCACCCUCCAAACGCGGAACGCUUGGGAACCCAACGCCAUUUGGUACUAUGUAUCUUUAGGCUACUGGAAAAGUCUUCAUUUCCUGAUUUUAAAAUGAACUUUUUAUGGCAGACUUUUUUUUCCCCCCUCCCUUUUGGGCUACACAACUUUCAUAACUUUGCUGAGGCAUAAUCCUGCAGCUCUCGUGUAGGCAAAACUGGAUUUGGCAGCAGUGGCUGCCGUUCAGCAGGAGUUUUGGCUGAGCAAGGUCUCUCAGCGUGUAUUUUAUAUUAUGCAGUCAUGCACACGGCGUUUGCUUAGCAUAGGAGUCUCUGGCCGGGGUUUGCUGUAGAAAGUGGGCAGAGCACAUGAAACUAUGGAUUUUUUUUUUUUUAACUUUAAUAACUUUUUAUCGAACCACUUUGCCACACUAUAUUGUGAAGGAUCUAAGCCACAUAUUCAUAAAUCAUAGAUUUUUAUAAAGAGCAGCACCAGAAGACAAAGGGGAACAGACUGACAAUGGCAAGUGAAUAAACACAAAUUCCAAUAAUGAAAUGUUGGCUUGUAUAUACUGGCAUUUAAACUCCGUUCCAUAAAAUGUAAUAAAGUGAAUGUUUGUGGUAUGAAUACAAGCCCCCCCAGAGAGAUCCUCUAUUAAAAAAAAAGCCUCUU